AUGUAUAUCUCAAUCAGAACCACGAAGUCCCUCCUGGCCAGCCUUUUGCUGGGGCAUGCCAUUGCGCACCCCGGCAGCAGCGCCGGUCAUGAUCCGUCACAAUUUGAAAACGCCAGUACCAUCGUACGCGAUGUUGCUGUAAUCGGAGGCGGAGCUUCCGGCACCUACGCUGCCAUCCAGCUCCGUAAGAUGGGCCACAGCGUCGUGGUGGUCGAAAGGGAACCCCUCCUAGGCGGCCACACAAAUACCUACUAUGAUCCAGUCAGCGGCCAGUAUGUCGACUACGGCGUCCUGAUCUGGCAGGAUAUCCCCGAGGCAAGAGACUUCCUCGCCCACUUCAAAAUCUCCACGACCACGGUGCGAGUCGACAACUCCAAUGGUGCCCGCGUUGAUCUGCGCACGGGACAAAAUGUGCCCCCGCCACAGGGCAAUGUGACCGACGCGAUGAUGCGCUAUGUGCAGCAGCUGCUCAAGUAUCCCUACCUCGCGGAGGGAUGGGACCUCCCGGACCCUGUGCCGGAGGACCUCCUGCUCCCAUUCGGGGAGUUUGUGGAGAAAUAUGAUCUCGCACCGGCGGUGGAGACACUGUCACUGUAUGCGCAGGGUCUCAAAGACUGGCUGCCGUACCCGACCGUGUACAUCAUGAAGUAUUUCAGCCUGGGGGUGGCGUUGGGCGCGCAGAAUGGGUUCCUGGGCACGGUGGACGGCAACAACGGGGCGUUGUAUAAAGCUGCGCGCAAGGAACUGGGGGAUGAUGCAUUGCUCGGCAGCACGGUGGUUAGAAUGGAGCGUCCAGCAAACCGUCCGCAUCGGAUCCUGGUCCGAACCCCAAGUGGCGACCGACUCAUCAGAGCGAAGAAGACCAUCAUCACUGCGCCGCCGAAGCUGGAAAAUCUGGCGAAUUUCGACCUGGACGAUACCGAACGUGGUGUCUUUGGGCAGUUCGAAAACACCUUCUACUACACCACUGUGACCAGGAUCCCCGGGCUGCCAGCCGGACUUGGAAUCCUCAACCGCGGUGCCGACACGCCGUACAAUCUCCCUCCUCUGCCGGGGGUGUACACCAUCACGCCGUCUCGCGUCCCGGAAAUCUACACGAUUUUCUACGGCGGCGGGGAAGCAAUGACCGAGGACGAGGUGAAGCAGAGCAUCAGCAACAGUGUGCUGAUGUUACGUGAAGCGCAAUUCAAUACCUCCGCGCCUGAGAUCCUGGCCAUCAGUAACCACAGUCCAUUCGAGUUGUUCGUUUCGUCCGACAAAAUCGCCAGGGGGUUCUAUAGCAAUCUGUAUGCGUUGCAGGGACAUCGGAACACGUACUAUGCAGGCGCUGCGUUCCAUGCGCAUGACUCUGCUGCCCUCUGGAGGUUUGUGGGCAAUCUGUUGAAGACUAUGUUUGAUUGA